AUGCAACUUAUAAAAGGUUAUGUGGCAAUUUGUCGUCUGCAAUCCAGACAACGACUGCACUAUCAUUUGUUGACAACAAAACCAGUACGACAUUUCUCAACGGAGGUAAACACUAAGAAAGGUCGAUUUUGGGCUGCUGUGACCGGUUUUGUAUUGGGGUCUUCAAUUGGAACGCUUGCAUUUUUCAGAAACGUUGUAAACUGUCCCGAGAAUAUCAGUGUGAAUUGUGAACCAACAGUCGACGGCAGAAAAAACAGCCAGCGUACGGAUUCACGCUGUAGAUCAUUCAGGGACACGGAUCUAAACUCACUGGAUGAAGCAAAGAAGAAAGCAAGAUAUGUGCUAUUACGAAAAAAAGAUGAAUUUGGUAUCCCUGGUUUAUCAGUAGCCGUAACGAUUGAUGGCAAGACAGUCUGGGCUGAAGGGCUUGGUUUUUCUGAUGUAGAAAAUCAUGUGAAAUGUCACGACAAGACUGUCAUGAGAAUUGCUAGUAUUAGCAAACCGUUGACUAUGGUUGCCGUGGCAAAACUUUGGGAAGAAGGCAAACUAGAUUUAGAUCAACCUGUCCAGAAAUAUGUACCUAGCUUUCCUGAAAAAACAUUUAACAAUGAAAAGGUCACCAUUACUGUACGGCAAGUGCUUUCUCACCUUGGGGGGAUUCGCCACUACCAUGAUAAAGACAAUAAGACUGCUGAGAAAAAAAAUGAUGCAAAAGAACAGACAUCUGGAGAUAAGGUAUCUGAAAAAAAAGAUACAAAGAAUGAAAUUAAUAAUUCUGUGGAAAAGGAUGGUAAAGUGAAAAAGAAUGACACAAUGAAAAAGAAAAAGGAUGGUACGGAGAAAAAGAAUGACACAGAGAAAAAGGAAACCUGGGAUGAUAAAUUUGAUGAAUUUUACUAUAAAACAAAUUUCAAAAGUGUGGAGGAAUCGAUGAAGCUCUUCCAAGAUGAUCCAUUGACUAAAAAACCUGGUACCACAUAUCAAUACACUACUUUUGGUUAUACCUUGGUGAGUGCCGUAGUGGAGGCAGCAGCAAAUGAGAAGUUUAUACCUUAUAUGCAGAAAAUAUUCCGUGAAUUAGGUUUACAUCAUACUGGUCCUGAUGAGUAUGAGCCAUUAGUGUAUAACAGAGCAAGGUACUACAAUCGUAAAAAUGGCAAACUAAUGAAUACACCAUAUGUUGACUUAUCCUACAAGUGGGCUGGUGGUGGAUUCAUAUCCAAUGUACAUGAUUUGGUGCAGUUUGGCAAUGCUAUGUUGUAUGGUUAUCAGAUUGAUGAUCACAAACAAGGUGAUGGGGAUCUAAAAUUGUUGCCAGGUUAUCUGAAAUCCGAAACAUUGAAAGAAAUGUGGUCAAUUGUCAAGUCUGCAAAAUACUCUAAAAUAAACAAUGAAUAUUAUGGAUUAGGAUGGGUGGUAGGUCCUGAAACAGCCUGUCAUGGAUUCUGUCGACAUCAACAUCAUUGUAUCCACCAUACUGGUGGUGCUGUUGGAGCUAGUAGCGUGCUGUUGAUCUAUCCAUCUGCACUCUGUCUCGAAGAUGAAUGUUCUGCUAUAAAAACACAGAAGUGUACACCUCCCAAGGGGAUUGUAGUGGCUAUCCUUGUCAACUUGCAGGGAGUUGGAUUGAAAGCAACAGCAUAUGAAGUUGCAAAGUUGUUUGAUGAGGCAAACCGAUGA